AUGGCCGGCCAUCCAUCACUGGGCGGCGUUGCCCUGAUCUUCCUCGCCGGAUCCAUAGUAAUGAUCUUCUUCGUCAUCCUCUCCGGCGUGACAACGACCCUACCCCUCCAAGAGACAUAUUUCCUGCGAGCACAAACAUCUGGUAUCACCGGUGCGCGCGACACCUCGCAAUGGACCUACUUCCAUAUAUGCAGCCCCGGCAAUGUCGACUGCACCCGAGCGAGCCCUGCCAUGCCAUUUGGCCAUGCUUGGGCUGAUAAUGCGGACAAUAUCCCAGACGGACUGGGCGGUGACUUUGCGGGACACACGACCUCUAAAUACUACUUCUACAUGUGGCGCUUUGGCUGGGUCCUAUACUUGAUCGGGCUGUUUUUCGAUGUCCUCGCUUUCUUCUCGGGCUUCCUGGCUUGUUGCGGCCGUCUGGGUGCUGCAAUCUCCGGGCUCGUGGCAUUGGUGGCUCUCUUCUUCUACAGCAUCGCCGUCUCGCUGAUGACAGCUACUUUCGUCAAGGCCCGGGACGCUUUCCUGGCUGACGGCCGUAGCGCCAGUAUCGGCCGCUACGCUUUCGGAUUCAGCUGGGGUGCGUGGGCUGCCUUGUUCAUCGGCACCGUCCUGUUCUUCAUGGGUACCCGCCGAGGCGACGGUGUCUCCCGCCGCCGCUUCGGAAGGAGUCGAAGCGUGAGGAGCCACCGCUCCCACGACCUCGGCAGCAGGCGAGUCAAGGACGACUAUUCUUAG